UGAUUAUUUUUGUUGACGUUUACAACAAUUUUUAAUUUUUUUUAAUCCAAAAUAAUUUCACAAUUUAGAUUUGUCAAAAAAAGAAUAUGGGAAGCGAUUGGGAUGAGAUUAAACGUUUGGCGGCUGACUUUCAAAAGGCCCAACUGACAUCAACGCUCCAGCAAUUGUCAGAGAGGAACUGCGUGGAGAUUGUGGCACUUUUGUUAGAGAAGCAACUUCUGGAUGUGGUGUUUACCAAUGAUGGUAAAGAGUACAUUACACCGGAUCAUCUGGAGCGAGAAAUACAGGACGAACUUUAUACAAACGGUGGACGUGCUAAUCUCGUAGAGGUCAGCAAAACUCUAAAUGUGGAUCUGUCGAGAAUUGAGACUCUGGCUGAGCGUAUAGCCGAAGAGAAUCCACAAAUUCAUCUUAUAUUGGGCCAACUGAUCGAUGAGGACUAUAUUAGUCACAUUGCGCAGGAAAUUAAUGAGAAAUUGGCUCUUCGUGGAGAGAUUUCGAUAUCGGAUUUGGCAUCUCAGUUUGAUUUGCCAUCAGAUUUUCUGCAACAUCAAGUGGUGGAAAAGCAUUUGGGCAAAACUAUUAAGGGACGUCAGGAUUCCACAAAUCCCAGAGUAUUCUUUACUCAGGCGUAUAUACAGCGUUGUAAGGCCAAGAUUCGAGGUGCUCUUAAUGCCAUUACUAGGCCCACGAAUGUGGCCACCAUACUCCAGCAAAUCAAUGUCCAAGAGAAGAUUUUCCAUUCGCUACUGGAUGAGAUCUCUCCUGCGGGUCAGGUGACUUCCAAAUUAUCCAAUGCCCAAUAUGUACCUCAUAUCUAUGCAAAAACGCAAUCGGAGUGGGUUCAAUCGUUUUUCAAACAAAACGGAUUCAUUGAAUAUGAAGCUAUUAACAAGCUGGGCAUCUCGGAUCCCAAAUCGUAUAUAUUGAAGCAACUGCCGCAGGAGGAAUUGUAUUUCCUGAAAAGGAUAGCUUUGCAGCAGCGUUUGGUGGAUCUCACUGUGGUCACUGCUCUUAAUGAAUGCAAUGCCACCAAGCAAUAUCUGGAUUUAUCGACAAUUUUGCCAAGUAAUUUAUCUGUCGAGGAUAUAGAAGAGGUAUUCCACACUCUAACAUCAGGACCGAAGCAGAGUCAUCUUAGUACCUUGGUCUACCUUGAUGGCAUUGUCUUCUCCCAGCCUUAUCUUAAUGAGUUGAUACAACCCUGCCAGGAAUUGGCUUUGUCUCAGGGCAAGUCAGCUAUUGACAGUGGCAUUUAUCAGCAAUAUAUAGUGGACAAGACGCUGGCUCAAAAGGGUGGCAAUGCAUCCAAUCAACUGGACGACGAUGAGGAUGGCAAACCAGACAAGCGGGACGAGCGUCGCAAGAAGGCAGCUUCGGGCAAGGCAGGUGGUGGAGCCCAGGGACGAGAAACUAAAACCAAAUCCACCAAAAAACAUCAACGCGGACGCGCAGCAGCUGCACAGCAUAGUGAUGACGAUGAUGACGACUUCCAGCGUGGCGGCGGCGGCGGUGGCAGCAAUAAAAAAUCAGUAAAACCAUUGGACUUGGUGAAGUGUGAGGAUGUAGUCAAGCUAAUUUUCCCUGUUUUAGAGGAGGAAGGCAUAGAGCAUUUAGCCAAACCAAUUGCAAAACUCUAUUUGCAGCAACUGAAUCAGUCAGCCUUGGCCAAGGCCCAGGAACUGUAUGAGGCCACUCCACAAACGAACCGUCGUCAAACACAUGCCUCGAUUCAAGAGCGUAUUAAUACCCUUCUAGUUGAUAUACGUCUCUACGAGAAGGGUCUGAAACUAUUGCCACAGGAUACACAAGCGCAAUUGGUUAAAUAUCUGCUUAAAUCUCUGGGAAAUGAGAUAUGCAAUGAACUAGCUCUCUAUGUGGCCAGUGAAUGCAAUUUGACUGUUAAAAAUAACAACUUGAAUGUGGAUCAACGCAACAAACUAGCUCAAGAAUGCGAUGCUCAAUAUCGUGCGGUGCUGGUAGAACAAAAUAAAGCUUUGAACAAAUCAAUCGAUGACUUUGAACUGGCUACGGAAUCCGUCUUGAAAGUCUGUAGCAUGAUUAUCAAAAAAGUUGAUAAGAAAAAGGAUCGCCUCUUGAUUGCGGAUCAUAAACAGAAACUGCAACAACAAUUGCUGGAAAAUCAGGAACCAGCUCUGAUCCUUCAUUUGGCUGCUUUAAUACUAUUCACCAGCAUAAGCGGUUGCAUAUUGCAUGCGUCGGGCAAAUUUGUGUCGUCAAUAUUGCAGUAUAUUCGAGGAUCACUAGAUGACCAACAGAAUGCCUUGCUCAUAAGCUACCACGAUUUGGUUCUCAAAGUCCUACAAGCUUCGCCGGAAAGUGCCGAAUCAAAAUUGGCUCAUGAACAAUUGCAGGGACUGCAGUCCAAAGUUGUUGAACUGGCACAGAACUUUUCACGUGCUUCCGUAUCAAAGGCCGAUUAAAGAUUUAUUGAAAAGUUUUUAAAUUGGUUAUGGUCGAAAUUGUUAAAUUUGAUUUAUUUGUUUAUAAAUAAUUAUUUUUUAUUGCCAUUUAAAUCAACUAAUAAAGU